AUGGAUGCGCUCAUGUCCUCCCUCGAUACCCUGGUCACGAACCCGGACCUCGCACCCCUCCUAUCACUCUUCAAGGGUAUUCGCAAUGGCGCUGUCUACGGCGCCAAGGUGCGCUUUCCGCAUGCCUUGGUAAUGAUCUUCCUCUUCCGCUCCGGAACUAUCCGCGAAAAAGCCAAACUCGUCUUCAAAGCCACGCGCCAACAUGCCCGCAACCUCGCCACCUUCGCGCUGAUAUACAAGAGUGCGAUGAUCGUGCUCCGCAACAUCAACCCCGCUGAGGUCGGGAAGGAGGGCCGCUACGAUAGUUUCUUCGCGGGGUUGCUGGGCGGGUAUGCUGUGUUUGGGAGGCAUAAGACUAGUAUUACGCAGCAGAUCGUGAUCUACAUCUUCGCCCGCGUCGUCCUGGCCCUAGCCAAACUCUCCGUCCGGCCGAACAUGCAUCCCCUCUCGUCGCUGAUCGGGCCCGACGCCCGCACCAAGAUGGAGAGCCACGCCUGGCCUGUCUUUGCGAGCGUGAGCUGGGCGCUUGUUAUGUAUAUCUUCCGCUGGCAUCCGGAGACUCUGAUGUCCAGUUUGAGGAGUAGUAUGGUUUAUAUCUACGCCGACUCCGAUCACUGGGACUCGUUCCGCAAUUUAUUGAUUCAUAACAAAUGA